GAACUUAAACGAAUGAUCUAAGCCGUUGAUUUCUUAUCUUCUAACACUAAACAAAGCUGAGAUUUUUCAAAAACCUGAAUUUGAGUGUGUUUCAUGUUCGUGGAUCUAACAAUGAUAAGAUCAUCAUCACCUGGAUUUGCAAUCCAUCCUUGUUUUAGAUCCAAUCCCUUCGUCAAUUCCCAGAAACCGAUUUCUCUCCCGGUGCAAAUCGGGUCACGGCGGAGGAAUUUCUCCGGAAUCGGAUCGGAGAAUAGCGGCGUCGGUUUCGAUGCAGUGGCUUAUGAGUCUGAACGGUUGAGUCUAGACGCGGCGGCGAUGGAGAAUAUGGCGGAGACGGCGAAAAAGGAACUGGAAUCGGAUCCAGAUAGUGGUGACGACCCGAAAGCGUGGAAAUGGGUAAUCCGAAAGAAGAUGUGGGAUCUAAUGGAAGCUAGGAACUACGCUAUGAGACCUAGACCUGUUCAUCACCGAAUCCCUAAUUUCGUCGGUGCAUCGGCUGCUGCAGGAAAAUUAGCCGAGCUUGAGGCUUUUCGUAAGGCUAUGGUCGUGAAGGUUAAUCCUGAUUCCCCGCAAAAGCAAAUCAGGUUUCUUACACUUUCUGGUGACAAGAAGUUGCUGACUCCUCAACCUAGACUAAGAACAGGAUUCUUCUCUGUACUAGAAUCCGAUUUCUUGAAACCCGAAACGACCAAUGAGGCUUGCACCUCUGUAGGAGUAGCUAAAUAUGGAAGAGCGAUUGGCCUUGAUGACAAAAUCAAGGUUGAUCUCAUCGUCAUUGGCUCUGUUGCGGUUAACCCACAAACAGGUGCUCGAUUAGGGAAGGGAGAGGGUUUUGCUGAACUUGAAUAUGGGAUGUUGCGUUACAUGGGAGCCAUUGAUGAUUCCACACCCGUUGUUACAACCGUACAUGAUUGUCAGCUCGUAUAUGAUAUACCCCUCGAGAAACUGGCGAUUCACGAUGUUCCCGUGGAUAUCAUAUGCACUCCUACUCGAGUCAUUUUCACAAAUACACCAAUACCAAAACCACAAG